CAUCAUCACUCCAAUCUUAAGUAUCAGCGCCUGAUCUACGCACCUCCUCACUCUCUCACAUCCUGAACCGAACAUGGCCGCCAGAGCCCUCUUCUCUUUGUCCCUUUCACUGGGCAUCCUCAUCUCCCUCUGCUCGGCAGAUUGGAACAUCUUGAACAGUCAGAGAACAAGAAAUGGGAUCAAGAUCAGCUUGAAGAACUACUGCGAGGGCUGGAGGAUGAACGUGGAGCUCCACAACAUCCGGGAGUUCGAGGUGGUGCCCGAGGAAUGCGUCGACUACGUCGGCAAGUACAUGAAGUCGACCCAGUACGAGGUCGACUCGGAGCGGGCGAUCGAGGAGUGCAUGGUGUAUCUCAGCACCAGCUGCAGCUUGAAGAGGGAUGGCAGAGAUGCAUGGAUCUUUGACAUUGAUGACACUUUGCUGUCUACCGUGCCUUACUAUAAGAAACAUCAGGGAGAGAAGUUGAAUGUGACUUCUUUAGAAGAGUGGAUGAGCAAGGCAAAGGCACCAGCUUUGGAGCACUCGCUCAGUCUUUUCAAUGAGAUCAAGGCCAAGGGCAUUCAGAUCAUCUUGGUCUCUUCGAGGAGGGAACACCUUAGAUCUGCCACCAUUGACAACCUUGUCAAUGUGGGUUUCCAUGGCUGGAGUAGCCUUGUCCUGAGGGGACCUGAGGAUGAGCUGAAAGGAGUGCAAAGCUACAAGGCUGAGGUGAGGGAGAAAUUAGUCAGUGGAGGGUAUCGCAUAUGGGGCAUUCUUGGAGACCAAUACAGCAGCAUCCAGGGACUUCCGAGUGCCAAGAUGACGUUCAAGCUUCCAAAUUCUCUCUACUACAUUUCCUGAAAACAUCAUCUCUUGCAAACAUGUAAUGAACAAAAACCCAUUUUCCAUGUUCCACCAGGCACUCGUCUUGCUUUGUUGUUUCUUUCUCCCAUUGUCAAUGAAACUCCCCCUUACCAAAAACUACAACCUUUCAUCUUUGGAUUGGGAUCUAUCUUGAUGAUCUACAUCACCAAGCAAAGCAGUGGUGGUCCUCAAGCAGAAAAUUAGUUGCUCACAAACUAGGGCAGUCUUUCAUUAUUUAAGCAAACAAAAGUAUGUUCAACUCAUAUUUAACAAGGGGGCACUCCAGACUAUGAAUGUGAAACUAACGAGGUUUUUUUGUCUGUA